GCAUACACCUACAAAUCAAGCUCCCAGCUCCCAAUCAGCUAGUCAGCAGCAACACUACCGCCUCUCAAAAAAGAAGAUCGAUGAAUAGUCACUCGAUCAUGGCGGUGCCGUCGGUGUUCGCCGCCUUCGACAAGGACGGCGACGGCAAGGUUUCUGUGUCCGAGCUACGGCGCUGCAUGGAGGCGACGCUGGGCGAGGACGUGCCCGAGGAGGAGGCGGCGGUGACCCUUGCUGCGGUGGACGCGGACGGCGACGGGCUGCUAAACCAAGAAGAGUUCUCGAGACUGGCCACCGCCGGCACCCAUGAAGAGGACGAUGCCGACGUCAAGCGAAGGUGCCUGAGGGAGGCAUUCGGGAUGUACGCGUCGUCGUCUGCGGAAGACACGAUUACCCCAGCGAGCUUGAGGCGGACGCUGAGCAGGCUGGGGUCGCACGAGCUGGGCGUGGAGGAGUGCAGGGCAAUGAUCUGCAGGUUCGACCUCGACGGGGACGGCAAACUCUCGUUCGACGAGUUCCGGAUCAUGAUGAUGGCCUGAUCAUCGACUUGAUCUCUUAUUGGCAUUCUUCUAGAUCACAUACAAUGUAGACUUAAUUCAUUGGUCGAUCACAUAUGUAUUGUUAGAGAUAUAUUUGGGUUACACGUGUUUGAUAGUUUAGGAUUUGUAAUCCGUCUCCUACUUUAUCUUUAGGAGAGGCGUCUUGUCCUUCAAGCCUUGUACUCAAUAUAUACUCGCCCUAGGCUCAAUAAUACAUCCAUCAUUUCCCACCAA